AAAAUAAGUUAGUCACAGAAGAAUUUGUCCUGGUAGAGAAAGAAGGCGCGAGAAAGGGACGAACAGGUUCAAAAGAAUCAUGGUUUUAACUUACAGUUACUCAAAUGUUACCACGUUAACAACCGAGCGUGUCGAUAUUUAACGGAGGUGAUCAGCAUCGUCCCAUGCAUAGCAAUUCGAUGCGAUUUCUCGGCGGUGAUGACGUCAACAAGCGCCUCAACAAGGAGAAAAAAGCCUCCAGAUCCUUACACAAAGGCAAGCAUAAGAAAAAGAAAGGCUCCAAGACAUCAGUCGACUUUGGAAAGGUCGGCUUGGAUCCAGACGCAGACAUUACCUCAUUUGAGGCAGACACAGACGAAGGUGACGAUGAGGAGGAGAGGACAGAGGAAUCCACGGAUUCGGUGGAGAUAAUCGACGGAAAACAGAACCAAAUAGCGACUGCCGCCAACGUAGAGCUCAACCCUGAACAAACCCGCAAAUCUUCCAUUUUGCUGCUCAGAAGUCGCAAAGGAAUCCUACGACGCCCGAAAAAACACAUUUCCAUUCCCCAAACGCCAGAAAAGCGGGAUUCCAACAGUUUUUCUGGAUUGCUAAAUCGGUUUCUCUGGCGAGGACCCAAAAACAUUGACGAGGACGUGAACCAAAGCCCCGACAUCCGAGGGGUUACCUUCGGGGAGAAUGAAAUCAAGUACUUCACAACUAGUCGGGAAUCGAGGGAGUACCGAAAAGGUAUUUUCGGGAAUCGCAAGCGGUUCCGGCGGAAAAAGCGACGGAGAUCUUCCGACACAGUCGUCGCCGAAAAUCGCGAACCGAAACCUUCCACGGAUGAGGGACACGCAGUAGAAACACCUGAACCAGAAGUAUCUCGUGCAAAUGGGGAAGAACCAAGACUCGACAGACAUGGGUCAGGGGGAGCACGACGGAAGCUGUCCAGAAGAAUUCUGUCGUCAAUUCUGCACAGCAGAUUGUUCCAAAGAAUGAGAUUCUCCGUGGUUCCGAAACAAAAAUAGUUUUAAGCGAACAGCAAUAUUCUACAGAGUGAAUUUUAAAAA